AAAUCUGCUAAAGCUAUGGCAUAUCUCUCUCCCUCAAUCUCCACACGCAUCCGCUACCUUUCUUCACCAUAAAUCCACGAAUCCAAACUACUUUCUUCAAUUCUUCAAUUUCUAUUUCGAGAUUUUCCAUCAGAAAACUUUCUCCGUUCUUGAAUUCGAGAAUUCAGACACAAAUCCAUGGAUCAUCAAUACCUCCAAGAUCCAAUCCCACAAAACACCUUCAACAAAGAAGACAACACCUCCUUAAACAAAUGGAAAUCCACAAACGAAUCAAUCGACGAAUCCCUUAACAACCCUUCAUCUGGAUUCGACUGCAACAUCUGUCUAGAUUCAGUCCAAGAUCCAGUCGUCACCCUAUGUGGACACCUCUACUGUUGGCCAUGCAUCUACAAAUGGAUCCACCACCAAAAAACCACCCAAAAUCCCCAAACCCAAUGCCCCGUUUGCAAAACCGAAAUCUCCCAAAAAACAAUAGUCCCAUUAUACGGACGCGGUCAAACCACCGAACAAAAAAGUCAAAAUCCUGACGAUGACAUCACAGUCCCACGUAGGCCACCUAGCCCUAGAUCGAACCUCCAAAUCGUGCCAGCUCAGCAAGUUCAUCAUAAUCGAAGCUAUCAACAAGCAACACCAAUGGCUUUAUCCAUGAAUAACUUCGGAGGUGGAAUGACUAUGACGAAUUUGAUAAAUCCAACGAGUCCUACUACUGGAAUGCUUGGGGAGAUUGUUUAUGAAAGGAUUUUUGGGAAUUCGGGUAAUAAUUUGCAUCCUACUUUAUUCGCGUAUCCAAAUUCGUACAAUUUAGCAGGGAUUAGUACUCAAAGGGCAAGAAGACAGGCGAUGCAAGCGGAUAGAUCGUUGAAUCGGAUUUGCUUUUUCUUGUUGUGUUGUGUGAUGUUGUGUCUUCUUUUGUUUUGAUGAUUAUUAUGGGAAAAAAAGAAAAAAAAAAGAGAAAAUGGUUGUUUUUUUGGGUGGUUGUGUAUAAUUGUAAAAGGUUAGAUUGUAUGGGGGGUAUAUAUGUUGUAGAAUUGGUUGUGCCUUUUUCUAAUGAUUUGGUUAGAAUUUGGCACUAAAAGAAAGUGUCUUGAUAGGAGUUUAUUAUAUAUAUAGCAUAUAUUGCCUACUUGUGGAACUUAAGUUUUUUGAAGUCACUUGUUGGAGUUGGCAUAUGGUAUUUUAAAACCAUUCAAUUUAUAUAUAAUAUGAGAUUUGUAUUUUAUUUA